AUGGCAGCCGAGCCUGAUGGAGGCACUCCGGCGCUUACGAAGGUCAGGGAUUUCCUGAUCUCAACUUGUGGAUCUGUUCUGAAAGCCUGGCUGGCUCACUUCGAUGUGGACCUGGACUACAGGGUCUCAAAGAUCGAGUUUGCCGAUGGCAUGCGGAACCUGGGGUACACGGCCGGAGAGCUCCACAAGUUAUUUGCCGAGAUAGAUGCCGAUGGCUCCGGCGAGAUUGUGCUGGAUGAGCUGGAUGAGGAGCAGGCCAUGCUGUGGAACACCUUCCGCUCGUGGGCCGUUCAGAAUUUCGUGAGCGUAGAGGACAUGAUGCUCAGCUUGACGGAGGAUGAAAGUACAAUGAAUCCUUCCACGAAGGACUUGGAGUGCAUUUCGCAGGAAAGCUUCUGCAAGAGGCUUCCAGAGCUCAACUGGAAGGCCGGGCAAGAAGAGCUUCUUUUCUCAGUCUUAGACUUCGACGAGGACGGCCUUCUCAGACCAAGCUGCUUCCGUUGGUUGGGAAUUGAGCUGAAGCGACUUCAGCGGAAGCGGGCGGCUAAAGCCAGUGCAGUCAAGAAGAAGCCUUCCGGAUCACAGCAAAAUGCGUUGGAGCAAGAGCUGCACGAGUUCAAAGAAGAUCUCCGAAGAAGGUUCGGUGGCGGCAACCUGACCAGGGCAUGGCGCCUGAGUCUGUCUGACACGAGCGUCCUUCCUAGGACGCGCUUCCUGAAGGCAUGUGCCAAGAUGGGCUAUGCCAAGAAAGGAAAAGACCUAUGGAAGAUGAUGGACAAGACCGGGAGUGGCUUUGCCUCCGUAGAUGAGAUUGACCCGAGAACUGCGCAGGUUGUGGCUCACUUCAAGAAGUUCUUGGAUGAGAGCUUCGAAGACUACCAUGCGGCGUUCGAAGAGUUAGAUCUUGAUGGCACGCGGAAGAUCCGGCUGCGACAGUUCCAACAAGGGCUGCAGAAGCUUGGGUUCCCCUUCCACACGCAAGCGUCGACACUUUUUGCUGUCCUAGAUCUGGAUUGUAAUCACGUCAUCGAUGAGGAUGACUUGCACUUCCUGGAGAAAUGGAGCCCUUUACCCUUCCUCACCGCGACUCCCAACCUGAAUGCCAAAGACGGAGUCAAGAAGCUCCUUUUGCAUCGCUACCACCGUCCCGUGAAAGUGUGGCGGCAGCUCCUGGAUCGGGAUGGCAGCAACCGAUGUAACUGGCAUGAGUUCCUCUUCGCCUGCAAGACCUGCGGAUUUCAUGGUGAUAUCCCUGGAGCGUGGCGUGCACUGGACGCAGAUCUUACAGGGUACAUUACCUUGAAAGAGCUGGACGAAGACAGCUACAACACGCUCAUGGAAUUCAGGACCUGGGCAUUGGACGAAUUUGGUUCGGCAAAGGGUGCCUUUGCCGUCUUCGACCGUGAUGGAUCCAAUACUUUGACGUUCCAGGAGUUCCGGGCGGCUUGCAAGAUCUAUGGCUACGAGGGCCAUGCGAAGAGACUCUUCUCGGCCCUGGAUGUGACAGCCGAGGGCACGCUGUCUUUGAAAGAGGUUGCCUUCCUGGAUGACUGGCGAGAGGACCCGGAGGCCGUGAAGAAGGCCCGAAAUGCCAUUGCUGGCUUUCUUCUGUCUCCCAUCAGCCCGCGCUCUGAGGCUGCCAGACGAGGAGGCAUGGUUGCAGGCUUCCAGAGCGUGAAGGAGAUGCAGCGGAAGUUGUUAGAUAUGGAGCGUGCCAAAGAAGCUGCGAUGCAGUGGCAUUCACCGGUGGCAAAGCCGAUGGAACUUGUGGACCUUUGCAGGAAGCAUGCCCUGCCUUCCGAAGACGCGGCAUCGAGCCCAUCGCCGCCACCGCCAUCACCGAGGUGGAAGGUAAAAGGAGCAAUUCCUCGUUUGGAGGGCCCAGACUUCUGCCGUCAGUUCUUCGUGAGGCAGGCGGAAGUCCGAAGCCAGGAGGUGAGGUUGCCCGAUCGCCGGGUGCUGUACUCAAAGGCGACAGGCAAGGUGCCGACUCACCUUCCUGCAAUCGGCGCCCCGAAGCCGCCCCAGGACGCCCGCAAGGGGGCCCCCGAGGCCCAGCAGAUCCAUGAGGAGCCAAAGCAAACCCAGGAACUUCCCGAGGAGGAGGAGGUGGAGGUGGUGGAGAAAAUGGAGCACCUUCCGCAGCCGCUGCUGAAGCCCACCUUGGACGAGCUCCUGCGAACACCGCGAUCCUUUUCGGGGUUGCUGUCCUCGAUGCCAUGGCAAGGCAAGUGUGUCAAGCCCGUCGGCAAAGCCGACAAGCUGCGAUCGAGCCUUGCCUAA